UUGAAAAAAAAGUUUGCUAAUAAAGAUUUAGAAAUUGAGCUGACAUCAUUUAUUGAUGAUAAGCAAAAUGUUUGGUUCAAGGGUAAGGAUGUUGCUGAGAUCCUUGGAUAUAGUGAUACUCGCCAUGUAUUAAAAAGGCAUGUAUCAAAAGGAAAUAAAAUGAUCCAUCUUAUACAACCCAAAAGCUGGGCCGUCAAAAUGACGGGUCAGGUUCAAAAAGCUGGCGUGGACGUUUCGCCCCCUCAGGUCCAACAGAGUAGAUGGUACACCUUUAUCAAUGAAGCUGGCUUCUAUGAACUAGUAUUUAGCUCCAAAUUAGAGUUUGCCAAAAGAUUCCGCCAAUGGGUAUUUACUAUAGUCCUCCCAUCUAUCCGCAAAUAUGGCCAAUACAAACUGUUUGAUAGUCCCUGGAAUAAGAUGAUUAUGAUUGGCAAUGAGACUGACCUCCAUAAUAAAGUAGUGGAGCUCAUAAGAAAAUACUAUCCAGAUACUAUAUUAGUAGCCGGCCUGGGAGAGAAUCAGGAUACUGAUGACAAACGCCUCGAUUCAUAUAAGAAAGGUUACACCCGCGGCCAACCUGAUUUGAUGAUACUAGAUUAUCACAAAGAUUAUAAAGGCCUCUGUAUUGAAUUCAAAUCACCAACUAAUAAUUAUCAUGUAUCAGAAGCACAAAAGGAGAUGAAGAAAAAGUACGUUAAUAAUGGUUAUGCUUUUGUGGUCAGUAAUGAUUAUGAUAGAAUCUGUAUGAAUAUCCAUGAUUAUAUGAAUGGUAUCAGAGUACCGUGUAAAUAUUGUAUCAAACAAUUCCUUAAUAAGGACACCCUAAAAAUGCAUUAUAAAAUAAUCCAUCGAAUUGAAAAAUAG